AGCCUCUCACAAAAUGUACACUCACUCCACGCGUCACUCCACACGUCCUCAGACAGAUGGCAUGGUCUCACCUCAUAGAGACGGGACGCUCACACGCACAUACUCCUCGCCCGCAUGGUGGCUAUCAUACAUCCGCCCCAGCUCAUCGGCCGUGUAGGCGGUCCUGGCACGCAUCACGGGAUUGGCAAUCGCCUCCUCCCUCCCCUGCCGCUCAGCCAAUCGCCGAAUGGCCUUCUGCCACGCGUGGCCCAGCACCUCUAUCUUACGGAGGCGACAUAGCUUGACGUAGAGCAUCUCGGCCUCGUCUUUGCCCCACCCCUGGCCGGCGUAGGUGUCGAUGAACUUGCUCUUGGCCGGGAGGAUCCCUCUGCGCCUCUGCAUGACCCGCAGUAUGUCGUCGGCCGACAUCUGCCGCACCGCCUCGCUCGUCGCAUCCACCUCAGUGUCCAUGGCCGAUAUCUCCCCAAGCAGCUCAUCUCUCUUGUCGUCGAGAAACCUCUUCCCUGACGCAUGGCAUGGACGGUCGGAUGGAUAACAGACAGACCCACAGGGGUGCCGGUCGGUGUUGGUGCGUGUGAGUGGUGGGGUGUACGUUUGUGUGCGUCUUCGAGAGAGGGGACGCCUGAUGGCGUGGUCAAGAGGGGCCGCAUCUCAUCCUCGCGCGACAGAGGCUUGCCGAACCGAAGGUUGCUGCCAUGGUAUCGCACACCCACACAGCAAUUCAUGACGACUAAGCCUCCCUCAUCCACCCCCAGCCACCCGUCCGGACAUCUGCCUUUCCCUUGUGCUUACUGUCUGAGGGCAUAUCUGGCGACCUGUGUGCAGUACUUGAUGAAGUGCCACCGUGCGUAGUACUUGGUCUCAAUGCGCAUCCGCACCCGGUACCACGUGGGCUUCUCGUAGUUCUGGCUCAGCAGCAUGAACUUGUGCACGUUGUUGACCUUGCCGUCGCGGAAGAUCUCCCUGUACGCCGCCAUCACGGGCUUGCGCGGCGUCACGUGCCGAACAAACACGGCCCGCGACUGACGCGGCAUCCGACAGGAUAAUGACAGCUGCAUCUUCUUCAGCUGUCAGGAGAUCCCAUUCGCAGUCGAUGAAACGGCACUCCUCUUUGUGGAGUGCGGCCAAACUCAGAUUCGAC